UACUUCGAUAGCUAUCGUGUCGCGUGGGGAAAUCUCAAAAGACAAUUCGUGUCUCCCUCCGUUUCUCCCCUCUCUCUCUCUCUCUCUCUCUCUCUCUCUCUGCUUCGGAGUCGGAGAACUGGACUUUGCUCUCUCCUUCAGAGACGCCUGAGUUGGAAAUUUUCCGGCGUAUCACCUUCUUCCCCGGAUAUUCUUACCGCCUCUUGUCGGAACUUUCGUAGGUGCCUCUCUCUCAUUAUCGUUUUCUCAUCCUCCCUGCAUUCCGUCAGGAUCAUUGUUUUCUCUCUCCGUCUCGUAGGUUCCGAUUGGUAGUCCGUGAAUUAGGGUUUAAUCGGGGUCAACUGCAUUAGAGGUUUUCAGAGAGAACCGAGAAAAGUUUAGAUUUUUUUCGGAGAGUAAUGGAGUGGGUUGAGGAGUGCAAUGGACAGGCGGUGACCCCUUUAAGUUCUGGGAAGAGGAAGCAUAGGCCGAAGCGCUUCCAAUACGUAGGAUGGGGCUCGAAACAACUCAUCGAGUUCCUCGGAUCCUUGAACAAAGACACGAGCAUAGAAAUCUCCCAAAACGAUGUCGCGAAAAUCAUCAGCAAGUAUGUCGCGGAUAACAAACUUGUUGGCCCGGAGAAAAAGAAGAGAAUCGUCUGCGACGACAGGUUGUUUAUGCUUUUCGGGAAAAAGACUAUAAGCAAAAACAGAGUCCAUGAUUUACUGGAGAGGCAUUAUGCAGAGAACGGGAAUGAUUCUGACUAUGAUUUCCUCUACGAUUUAGAUGAUGAUGAGCGGCAGAGAAGUUGUGGGUCUGAGAAGAGAGCUCCUAGGAAGAGAGAGGCUGUGCCAAAAAGUUCUUUUGCUGCCAUUGUCAAAGAUAAUAUCAAGCUUCUGUAUUUGAGGAGGAGUUUAGUCCAGGAACUGGUGAAGGAUUCUGAGACUUUUGAGAGUAAGAUGCUGGGAAGUUUUGUGAGGAUCAAGUCUGACCCCAAUGAUUAUCUUCAGAAGAACCCUUAUCAGAUUGUUCAAGUGACAGGAGUGAAGAAGGGUCAUGGAACUGAUGAUUUUCUUCUUCAGGUUACGAACCAUUUAAAAGACGUUUCUAUUCCCAUGCUAUCUGAUGGUGAUUUCUCUCAGGAAGAAUGCGAAGAUUUGCAUCAGAGAGUAAAGAAUGGCUUUCUUAAGAGGCCUACAGUUGUGGACAUGGUGGAAAAGGUUCGAGGUUUGCAUGAAGACGUGACAAAACAUUGGCUUGAAAGAGAACUUGCGUCAUUACAGAGGCUUAUAGAUCAUGCCAAUGAGAAGGGAUGGCGCAGAGAAUUGUUUGAAUACCUCGAGAAAAGGGAUCAACUUAAGAAUGAAGAAGAACAAUCCCGUCUAUUGCGUGGUGUUCCGGAAGUAAUCGCAGAAGAACUUGAACCUGCUCACAAAGAGCAUUCAGAUGAUGACGAAGAAAUAAAAAAUGGCCUUGUGAGACCAAACCAUGAGUUAGUCCCUGACCCUCAUCAGAGUGACAAAGAACAACAACUAAGUGAUUCUGCCAUCCCAGAGAUUAGCAAGAUUCUUGAUGACAAAAAGCAGCCAGAAAAAGGUUUUCUUUCAUCAAUCCUGCAGGAAAAUUUGGAUAUUCCCAAGCUUGCCAAUGGAAAAGAGCAGCAAAACGAUUGUUUUAUCAUAUCAAGUCUUAAGGCAAUUCCGGAGAUCCCAACUUUUGUUAUGGUACCAGAUGGGAGGUCGCCAACAUGCAAUGCUUCUCCAGUUGUAGGAGAUAUCCAUCUGAAUAAUGGUGUUCAAGCUCAGUCAAAGGCACCAGAGGUAAUCGAAUUGAGUGAUGACGAUGAUGAUGACAACAAGAUCCAGGAUCCAAGAUAUGGAAAUGGAACUCAGGCUUAUCACGAUACUUACGAUAUCGCUAAAAUAACGUGGUUCUACAAAGAUCCUCAGGGAAUUACACGAGGACCUUUUUCUCUUGCACAACUCAAACAGUGGAGUGAUGCAGAUUACUUCCCUCCAGAUUUCAUGGUGUGGAUGACAGAACAAAGCCAAGAAUCUGCAAUAUUACUUGCAGAUGUUCUUAGAAGACUACAAGAUCAGAUGCUGUUUAGUUCAUCCUAGAAUUCUCAGUCUUUGUGACUGUCUUGUCUUUUUCUCUUUGUUUUCAUCUUCACCCCCACGUUACAGCAAAUAGAGGGUGAUGCUAACUGUAAUCAAUGUCAAGAACCUCAGGUCUUGAAUUGAACAGUUACUGAUUUAGGAAAACUGUGUGUGUGUAUAUAUAUAUAUAUGGCCAAUGUUGAUACCAAGAUUGAAAAGUAAGAUUGAUGAGAAUGCUGAAAUCAAGUUAUUCUUCCAUGUCCA